UCGCCCGCGCAGCGCCUGACCAAUAGCAGGAGAGUAUCUGUUGCCGCCAGGUUAGAUAGAUCCUGAUAGAACUAUAUAAUAGUGGAGGGAUACAUGAUUCAGGAAUGUGCUGCAGACCUCAGAAGCCAUUUUGAGAUGAUGUCCCUGUUGAGAAACCCUAUGAAGAUGCUGAAAUCAACGAACAUGGUUACAUUUCUGUCUGUUUCUCCCUCCGUCUCCUCUGUUUCACCAUGGCAGCUGUCAACCGACGGGACAUUAGCAAAGCGGGGUGUCACGCCGUGCUCACAGAGUUAAAACGUCAUUGAUAUGAAAGAGGACAGUGUCCGUUUACUGUCUCUGUCGAGACAUGUAACACCGUGAGUUUUUUCCAGUCUGAAAUCUUCCAGCAUCUCUCACAACCCAACGUCUCCUUGAGUGACUUGAGUUAACUCACUCUUGUACCGGGGGGAGAGAGGGAGGCAGAUCCGUUUUCCAAUGGCUUCUGUGAGCCUUGUUUCCAGUCCCCCAGCCCCUGUUCUUGACAAAAACAUGACAGACUCUGAGCUUGCAGGGGAUGAAAGAGAGGAUGGCGAACUGGAAGAUGGAGAAAUAGAUGAUGAAGGGAUUGGAAUUGAAGAGGAAAACAAAGAAGCUGCAGCUGUGAAUGAAGACAAAGAGAAGGAAAAAGUUAAAGAGAAAGAAGAGAAGACUCACAGGCACUCCAGGAAAAGAUACAAAAAGACUAAAGAGAAGAGGAGGUCCAAAAGGAGGAGGCGCGACCGACAGAAACACCACUCCCCCUCCAGCAGCUCCAGCUCGGACAGUUAUGACAGUGACUACGACCGACCAGAAAGACCCAAAAACCGGAAGAACCAGGGAUCUGAUGGCCAGUCCUCUCAGCAUGGACGGGAGUCAAAGGGAGGCCACGGCAACUCACAGAAGUCCCCGCAGCACAAGAGCAGUGAUUUUGACAAAUACAGCGACUACAGUGAUGACAAGUAUGACUAUGAUGAAGAAGAGGAGGAUUAUGAAGAUGACAUGUCAGAGUAUCGGCAGUCAAAAGAUUCAGUUUCCCAGAAUCGGGGAAGGGGGCGCCAUGCCAAAGACCAGAUGAAGAGAGGAAGCAUGAGGGGGAUGAAACAACAGCAGUUUUGCCAGAGAGGGCGGGGCAGAGGGAGUGGCCCAGGAAGAGGACGCGGGAUGCUCUACAAGAACAAGAAGCUGAAGGGCAAACCGUGGGGAGGACGUGGACGAGGUCGAGGAGGAGACCAGUGCAUGGAAGACAUGAUGCCAUUUGUGUCACAGGAAGGAAAGAAUUCCUCUGGAUUUCAGAAGAAACGGCCGAUUAUGAGCAAGGAGUUUAUCAAUCAGCACACAGUAGAACACAACGGUAGAUACAUCUGCAAGUAUUUCCUGGAGGGUCGCUGCAUCAAGGGGGAACAGUGCAAGUUUGAACAUGAGCUCGUCAUACCAGAUAAGAAAAAGGAACUUUGUAAAUUUUACCUCCAAGGAUACUGCAGUAAAGGAGAGAAUUGCAUUUACAUGCACAAUGAAUACCCAUGCAAGUUCUUUCAUACUGGAGCCAAAUGUUAUCAAGGGGACAACUGCAAGUUCUCCCACGAGGCUUUGAACGACGUGACCAAAGAGUUGCUUGACAAGAUAAUUAACACUGAGGAGGAGAACGCCCGGGAGGACGAGUUGGAGCUGGAGGAUCUGAGGAAGCAGGGUAUCGCCCCGCUUCCCAAGCCUCCUCCUGGGGUGGGGUUGCUGCCCACUCCUGGUCAGAGCAGUCCUACGGACGGCCAAGGAGGGAAGAAGAUCCCCUCGCUGUUUGAAAUCAAGGUUCAACCUACUGUAGACUUGGCACAAAAAAUUGCUCUGAGCGGAACCAACUACUCCCAGAAUCAGGAUGAAGGCACCAAUCAGUUUAGCGGAGCGUCAGAGGACACGCAGAGUGGAAGUAUGGUGCCUUCAGGCUCCUCUGCUCUUCCUGUUCCUCCCUCUGGGUCACCUGUUCCCAUGGGUCACUCCACUGGACCACCACCCAUGCCACAGAGUCCCCCAGGACAGCAGCCACCACCCGGAUUUCUAAUGCAGCCACCAAUCCCCCCGGGUCCACCCCCACCCUUCCAUGGAAACCGACCCAAUCUAAAUAUGCAGAGGCCUCCGUUCCCUCCUAUUCCAGAUCUACAGAUGCUGCAGAGUCUCUUCCCUUUUCCACCGUUGGGUCAGAACCCAGUAGAGUUCUUCAGCAACUUUCUCCAAAACCAGGCCAUGGGUCCACAAGGAGUAGACCCUGGUCUGGCCUUCAUGCAGAACCUCCAGCAGCAGAUGGGUGCAGAGUCACAGUUGCAGUCUUUACCACCAGCUGUACAGAAGGCCAUUUUAUUACACCUGACACAGCAGCAGCAACAACAACAACAACAAGAGUCACAUCCAAAUGAGGCACAGAGAGCAGAGGGCCAGGAUGAUAACAAUGCAAACAGAGAUGAAACUACAAACUGGUACUCAAGCGAUGAGGAGGAUGGGAGUUGUGUUUCCUCCAUCCUUAAAUCCCUCAAGAAGCAGAGUGAGAUGCAGCAGUCUCAGUGCAAGCUCCCCCAGACUGCCCCAGUGGCUCCAGCACCGGGUGACCCUCGGCUUGUGAAGGAGAGGGCCCCACCCAGCGACCCCCGUGUGAAGACAGACCCUCGGCAGCGACCCCCUGAUACGAAAAAGGAUUCCGAUGGAGUUGCAGACCCACGGUUCUCCAGAGACCCCAGGAAGGUGAGACCAAUGGAGCAGAGUUCCUAUCGGCAACAGAGCCACGCUGUUCCUCAGAAGCCUCCUACAGGAGAUGAGGAUGAUGAAGGGGAGAGAGAACUCAAGGACAAAGCUGUUCUCAUCCCUCUAGAUGCGAUCCCUGAUGUGGUGCUGCGAGACCCUCGUUGCCAGUUAAAGCAGUUUAGCCACAUACGGGUGGACAUCCUGCUCCAGCGCCCUGCCUUUGCACAGACAGUGGUGUGGGGCCCUGAGGACCUCAUCCCUUCCCUAGUGCCCAAACAGGAACACUCAAUCAACCUGCCACUUCCACCUCUUAUUGCGGAUGCUCAGAUGAACCGGACAAGCCUGCCUGACCAUCCCCCGGUCUCCAGCCCUCCCUCUAUUGACCCCAGACUGGUAGCUGCACGUUUGAAGGAACGUAUGAGUCGAUUGCCCUCAGGAUCUCUAGAGUCCCGAUCCUCCGCUGAAAGACCUGUAGAUCCUCGCCAGCAGAAGGCUCUGGACCCCAGAAUCAAGCGCACAGGGAGUCUGGACUCCAAGCUGCUGUGCCAGAAAGUGCCCUUCUCUGGGGGAGGAGUGGUGGACCCGAGGUUACAGAAGGCCAGUGUUAGCUCCUCGCCUCAUGCUGUCCAAGUGAAGCCAGAGCCUGAGAAGCUGCCACCCUAUGCCCCUCGUCUGGCAUCCUCUGGUGGAGGGCUAGAGAGUCCCACUACGAUCCUUGGGGGCAUCAGUCUGUACGACCCUCGUAAUCAAACCGAGCAGGGUCAGAAGGAGAAAGCAGAGCCUCCCAAAAAGACGCCGAUUCUGAAACUCCAAGCUAAGAAAGACAAUACUCCGCCGCUCUCCCCGACCCAACGGAGUGGCUCUUUUGAAGAGGCCAAAAGCACAGACGUUGCCUCCGAUCAGCCUCCACCUUGCAGUUCUCCCACAGUGCCUCCUGCCUCACCUGUCAAACCCCCUGCAGUUCACAACCUCCCAAUCCAGGCGCUGGCCGGGCUAAUCAGACCCCAGUACACUGACCCGAGGCAGACCAAACUAGGAGGGCAGGGCUCUACAGGAGCACAAGAGGAAGCGGAAGAAAAAAAGCAAGAGGAAAAGAAGGAGCAGGAGAAGGAGAAGGAGGAGGCCAUGGAGGAAGAACCAAAACAGGAAGAUCCAGAAGACGAGGAAGACGACAGGACACUUAAAGAUGUGUUCAAGACUUUUGAUCCCACUGCUUCCCCUUUCUGCCAGUAAACAACCCAGUGGGGAAAUAUACUGUAUAAGGUCACAGAAUAUUUGUAUUUUGAUGAGACGUGUCUAUUCAUCUUUAUUUAGCUUUACAUAAACUUAUUUAUUUCUGUAUAUAAAUGAUCCUGUAUAGAUUAACAUACUAUCUAGUGCGCCACACAUCUGUCGGUAUGGAGAUGAAUUGUGCACAGACACAUUGUAUAGUUACCUUUAACCUAACCAUUAUAUUGUUAUGUGUGUUUUGAAAGUGUGUUUUUAUCAUAAUGUAAUUUUCAUGUACGUUUCUAAAUGAUCAGAAAAAAUAAAUUAAAUGAACCUGAAUAGUUUUCACUAAAAACUGACCUAUGAGGGUCAUCUCACAACCUGUACGAUAGAUUGUCUGGUCACUAUACAUUCAGAGAGAUGAAAUCAUCAAACAGUAAUUGUAAGAAUGCCCUUGAGAUUUUUAUGUGUUUCCUUAUUUCAAGGCACUUUAUAUUAUGAGAUCUUUCUGUUUAUGUUCACUUUUAUGAUAAGGGUUUUUUCACAAUAAGUCAACAGAUGUGUUCUUGAAUAUUUACAUUUUUAUUAACCUGACACCCUGGUUGGAGUUUUUCGAUUUGUCAACCUCUGACAUGACCAAGUCAGAUAAUCAUAAUAUGAGAAGAUUCCUGCUCAGCUGAAAAGAAAUGUGUGAUUUUGCAACAUUGCAGCCAUUUAACUGUGUGUUUUGUACAUUGUCAGACCUUUUUCAUUUUAAGUGGCCUAAAUGCUUUGUGGAUGUAAAGUUACUGUGGUGGGCUUUUCUCACUAGUUAACCUAGCAGUAAUGACGGUUAAUUAAGUAAAUGAAUAUCGGUUACUUAAUUGAAUUUGUCAUUGUCAUUCCUCAAAACACUCACUGCUCACAAACUUGUAAAUAGCGAGUAAACAGUUUUUCACUGUUUUCAUCUGAAUAAGAAAGAAGUUUACUAUACAAAGUAAGUAAAUAUUUUCUUGGUCACAUUGCAUUGUGUUGAGAUGAUAAAUAUGACUUUCAUUUUCAUGUUGAAUUUUGUUGGAUCUUAGUGUAGAUGAGGAUUAUGUGUCCUACAAAAGACGAAUACAUAAGGUGGCAUAAUGCUCCGUGGUUUGUAUUAUUUGACAGUCCUGUCUCUGUUAAGAUGAGCUGUGUUGGACUAAAACUAAGCUAUGUGUUUUUUUUUAUCAUUUUCAUAAUUCACAUUGUAAAUACCUAUUUUUUAUCACAUGUACAGCCUGUUUUCGAGUGUUUUAAAGAAAAAUGCUUUUUUGUCAUUUUGGUGGUUAUGGUUGUGAUAAUACUAUAUGACAUUUUAACAACACAUAUGCCUGUCACAUUUCAGUGAUUUUAUUAUGAAUAACUGAAAUAAAGA